AUGGCCCUCAGCAUCCCACCGGGACAAUUCUGGGGCGGCAACAACGGAAACUGGUCCACCUUCCGGCUAAUCCUCUCACCCUCAAAUCCCCAAAACGUCAACCUCCUCCCCUCAUUCCUCACCUCCCAAAUCUGGGUGCCCACCCUGGAAAUCUGCAACAACGCCUCCGUGCUAGGCACCGUCUCCACCAGCGAAUGCUAUACCCGUCGAGGAAGACCCUACGAUCCCUCGGAUUCCCGCGAAUGGAAAGUAUCCGGCCUCUCCACCCUACCUAUAUCCGGCCGUCCGGCGAUAUUCGGCACGGAUAAUGCGACGAUUGGAGAUCCUCCGACUAUUACGAUUGGGAGGGAGAUCGUAGCGGGAAUUACGACUUUGCAGCCGUUUUUAGGGAAUUUCGGGUUGAGUGCUGCGCAGACGACUUUGCCGUUUGAUACGCCGGAGAAUGCGACGAGUUAUGGGAUUUUGACGGAUUUGUGGAAGCAGGGUUUGAUUGGGAGUCGGGUGUGGGGGGUGAAUGUUGGGGCGAGUUAUAGGGGGACACGGGCGAGUUUGACGUUGGGGGGAUAUGAUGCGGCGAGAGGGAAUGAUGAUGGAGGGACUUUGACGGUGCCGAUGAAUGCGGAUGCGAAGGUUAACGAGGGGGAUUUACUGGUUGAAGUCAGAGCGAUUGGGAUUGGAGGCGGAACUCCUCAAGCGAGGUUCAUGACGGGGCUGCCUGUUACUGCGGUUGUGGACUCUUUGGUGCCGGAUAUAUAUUUGCCGGCUUCGACUUGUGCGUAUUUUGAAGAGGCGUUUGGCUUGGUUUGGGAUGGGCCGAGUCGGAGGUAUUUCUUGAAUGAGACGCAGCAUCAGAAGCUUGUUACGAUGAAUGCGAGUAUUUCGAUUGCGGUUGGCAUUCCGGGGGGAGAUGGGAAUGCUUUGAAGACGAUUACGCUGCCGUACGCGGCGUUUGAUCUAAAUCUGACCUGGCCGAUGAAUGGGAUUACGGGACCGAAUGGGACGAGGAGGUAUUUCCCAUUGGUGCGGACAGGUGGUGGCUAUUAUCUGGGAAGAGUGUUCUUGCAGGAGGUAUACCUGGCUGCGGACUAUGAAAGAAGGACAUUCAAUAUCAGUCAAGCGAAAUGGCCAACAGGUGGGAAGAAGGAUAUCAGAAUGGUCGUGUCUUCAAACACAAGUACGGUCGUGACGCCGGCUAGCCAGAAAGGAGCUGGACUUGGCAGCGGGACAAUCGCCGGAAUCGCGUUGGGCGUUGUAGCAGUCCUUGCAGUUCUCGGCCUCAUAUUCUGGUUCAUGCGAAAGCGAAGACGAGCAGAAGCAGAAAAAUCAGGCCGGCAGAUCUCGAGACCGAAGAACAUUGGAAGCUCAUCCUUCGGGCCUAGAGCUUCGACAAGAGUCGGCACGCCAGUGGAGAAGAGCCCAGCAUUUACCCAACAAGCAUAUCAGGACACGAAAUUCUCUCCGACACUAAUGACUGGCGUCAGCGCGAGCGACACCUGGAGAACCACGAUCUCAGGCAGGCAUGAGCUGUCAACACCGCAGACUGUACAAUUCGCCAGUCCGAUGCCGGAUUCUGCGAGAGGGCCGCCGAGCAGCUGGAAGAAUCCGUGGGCUGAUGAUCCUGUAGAGCUCGACGCGGCCGUGGAGCUUCCGGCUUAUCAGAACGAUCGAUUGCCCUCAAAGGAGUCCUCGCAGAGAUACAAAUUCUGA